AUGUCCUCGUUUCGCACUAAUGCUGUCCCUAUAACGAUGAGAAGGGGCAAGCAAGCGACGACUGCCCCACCCCUCCCUCAUACAGUAGCACCACCACUGCUUGCUGCUCAGAUGAGAACUUCCCAGGAUAAGCUCUUGAAGGCAAUUAUCGGAAAGCAAAGGAAGAUAGCUCCUGCUCUACCAAUUAAGAGGCGAAUCCAGAAGUUCAAGCGGAUGGUGCCAAUCAAACCAACAAAGCACUCUAAAAAGCACAUCCCAUCUGAAAAGGAGUUCAAGAAAAGGGAACCACGUGUCAUUCCUCUUGAGAGCGUACAGCGAGAACUGAAAACUGUGCCUUCUUUGCGCACAGAUUCGAGGCCUUUAGAACAGUCGGUUCAGAAGCGUGGCCUGAAUCGUCCAAAUGACGAGCGUCCUGUCCCACCGCCACUUCCAAAAGCGGUGCCCAAAAAGGACAAGUCGCUGGUGUCAAAUACACUUAGCACUAAAGAUCAAGUAAUCGCCUCUAAGGAUGACUGUUCUGCAAUGAUGAAUUCAUCCAAGGAUUCUGGAAGAAAACCGUCGAGCUUUCGCGAGAUAUUUGAAUCUAUCCCAUUCGAACCACCACGGCGCGUUGUUCCGCCACCUUAUCCAUGUUGGGUUGACGGUCAGUUACAAAGUGGUUGUAUUGAAAGAGUGGAACUCAAACCUGUUGCAAAGAGUUCUCCGCCCCGUGAUGUGCGACCUGGAAGAGUUUCUCCUGAUUGGGAAAGGUACUAUCCCGAGAACGACUUCACAAAUUGGGGUGGUGGCAAUCUCGACCAGGUUGUGAUGGGUCAGCCGCCAUGCUUUCUUAAAAGUGAGCCGGCUGACGAGCUGUUGGACCAUACGUAUCAUUCCCGUCGUCUCAUGUCAGAUUCUCGCAGUUACCAUCAUUAUGAUCCUCAUUCAUUUGAUUAUUAUGAUUUUGCACCUCCUCCACAAAGGUAUCAUUUCGGGCGUUCAUCGUGGGAAUACGGUGAAAGUUCUCGAGAAUUCAAAUAUGCUCCUGUUGAGCAUAGUUCUCCGCCCCGUGAUGUGCGACCUGGAAGAGUUUCUCCUGAUUGGGAAAGGUACUAUCCCGAGAACGACUUCACAAAUUGGGGUGGUGGCAAUCUCGACCAG